CCCUGCCCACCGCCGUGUCCGUCCCGCCGCGGGCGGAGCCGGGGCCGGCAUGGCGGAGGCGGCGCAGGGUCGGGUGCAGGCGGCGGUGGAGAGCGCGGUGCAGGCCCUGGAGCGGGAGCGGAUCCGGGGCAUGCAGGGUGCCAUGUUCCGGUGCAGUGCGCGGUGCUGCGAGGACACCGCAGCCUCCAUGCAGGAGGUGCAGCGCUGCAUCGAGCGGUGCCAUGCGCCCCUGGCACAGGCACAGGCCAUCGUCACCGCCGAGCUGGAGCACUUCCAGGACCGCCUGAGCCGCUGCACGCUGCACUGCAACGACAAGGCUCGGGACGCGCUGGACGCGGGGGGCACCGAGGCUCGGGUACGCGGCCAGCUGGACGCCUGCCUGGCCGCCUGCGGCGAUGACCACCUGCGCCUCAUCCCUGCCAUGGCCAAGAAGAUGCAGGACAGCCUGGCCGCCCUGCAGCAGUGACGGUGGCACCCCGGCGCUGCCACCCUCGGCGCGCUCCUUCAAGGCGAGGUUCAUGGAUAAGAAGCUGUCAUUGAAGCUCAAUGGUGGUCGCCACGUCCAGGGGAUCCUGCGUGGCUUUGAUCCCUUCAUGAACCUCGU